GAACUGGAACUAACAGACUGUUCCCGUUAAGACCGAGAUAAACCUUCUUUUGGUCAAAGAUAUGCACCUCUCAGCCGGAGUCACGCGUAGGGACUGGGAGGGUUCUCUUCUUCUCGCCCGACUAGUUUAUGAGGCUCGUUUUUCUGGCUCCGCCAACCCCCAGGAUCCGCCGGGAGAGACAGGGAAGCGUGUCCCGGAAGCGCCUCACACCUGACCGGCGACGCUGCAGCAGCAGGUAACCGCUCCGGUCUCCCUCUUUAACCCGCUCCGUUUACACACACGACCGCUGCUUCCUGCGGAUCAAUGUCCUAACCAAGUGAAAGGAUGGACACCCAGAGCCAGGUUGUGGAGCGGUUACGGUCGACCUUCCGGUCCGGCGUCACGCUGCCUGAGGCGUUCCGUCGGGGACAGCUGGUCAAGCUCAUGUCCAUGCUCAAGGACAACGAAGAGCACAUUGUAAAAGCGGUGCACAAAGACCUGGCAAAGCCCAAGUUUGAGACCAUCCUCUCUGAGGUGGAUAUCGUGACCAACGAGGUUCAUCAUGCCAUCGCCAACAUCUCCAGCUGGAUGCAGCCCGAGUACGCAGCCAAAAACCUGGCCACCAAACUGGACGACUGUUUUAUCCAGAGGGAGCCGUUAGGGGUGGUGCUGGUCAUCGGGGCGUGGAAUUACCCCCUGCAGCUUCUCAUCGUGCCUUUGGUUGGAGCCAUUGCUGCAGGAAACUGUGUUGUCAUCAAGCCUUCGGAGAUCAGCACCGCCACAGAAGCUCUGAUAGCAGAGCUCAUUCCCAAAUAUCUGUCUGAGGACUGUUAUGCGGUGGUUCGUGGUGGGGCAGAGGACACGGAGGCUCUUCUGAAGAAUAGAUUCGACCACAUCUUCUACACAGGCUCUCAGGCCGUGGCCCGGCGGGUCAUGCAGGCGGCGUCGGUCCACCUGACCCCGGUGACCCUGGAGCUGGGCGGCAAGUGUCCCUGCCUCAUCUACGGCCGGAUCGACUUCAAAGCUGCCGCCCGCCGCCUGGUGUGGGCCAAGUUCUUCAACGCGGGCCAGAGCUGCGUGGCCCCGGACUACGUGCUGUGCACGACGGCCACCCGGGACGCCCUGCUGCCGGCCGUGCGCGAGGUCCUGGACGAGUUCUACACCCAGGAGCCCAAGAACAGCCCCGACCUGGCCCGCAUCGUGUCUCCCCGACACUGGAGCCGUCUCAUGGACCUGCUCAAGAGGACCAGCGGGAAGGUGGUCGUGGGAGGAACCGGAAACCAGGAGGACAAAUACAUAGCUCCCACGGUGGUGGUGGACGUGGCUGACGACGACGCCCUGAUGGCGGAGGAGAUCUUCGGCCCCAUCCUGCCCAUCCUCACCGUGGAGUCUGUGGAGAAAAGCAUCGAGCUGCUCCGGGGGAAGGAGAAGCCUCUGGCCGUGUACGUGUUCUCCGACGAGUCCUCGGUGGUGAAGACGGUGAUGGAGAGGACGAGCAGCGGGGGCUUCUGCUCCAACGACGCCAUCAUCCACAUGGCCCUGCCCAGCCUGCCCUUCGGAGGAGUAGGAGCCAGCGGCUGGGGCAGCUACCACGGCCACUGGGGCUUCGAUGCGUUCAGCCACCGGCGCGCCUGCAUGCUGCGGGGCUGGGCGCUGGAGCGGCUCAACGGCCUGCGCUACCCGCCCUACAGCGACGAGAAGAUCCGCUGGCUGCGCUGGACCACGGCCCCCUCCAGCUGCUCGCUCAUGUGACCUCUCCCAGGACUCCAGGUUCCACCGUACCGGCCUCACAGCCACAGAGACAGUCUGACACAGGUGUGAUUGCUUGUUUCAGAUUAAAAAAAAGAUGCCUUUUUUUUAUACCAUAACCCCAUGUAAGAACAGAAAUAAACACUUAUAAUUUACUUCUUGCUGGAAAAAUGUUAACUUCUUCUUUUUUGUGUCUCCACACACAAGUUGAAGUUUGUAAUUUUAAAUGUUUUUCUUUAUUUUGAUCUUUUUCUGCUCACUUGAUCUGUUUUUACCCGCUGAUGUUUACAGCUCGAGAUGUUUGUGGAGUUUUAGUCCUGGAACCCUGUAACAUCCUUUUGUAUCCGUCUUUUCUUGUUUUGCUUCAUGUUUCUGCCAACAUUUAAGUUUCCUAAAGAAUUGUAAAUAAAGUUGACGUCUUACUUUUA